CAGCGGUGGUGGGGGCUGGGCCCAGGGCUGGGGCCAAGCCUGGGGUUGGGACCGCUGUAUGCAAUGGGAACCAGGGCCUGGAGAGGGGGCCCAGGCCCCAGCGUUUGACUGCCCAGUCUGGUGUGUCCUCUGCCGGGGAUGCAGGGCCAGGCUCAGGGAGGCCUGCCAGAGAGGGAGGGGGGCCAUCAGACUGCCCACAGACAUGCUUAGCAUCAAACUCCCCCAGCUCUUCGACAUCCACCAAGUCCCCAAGGUGUUCCGAGAGGAUGGCAUCAUCUCGGGAUACCGUCACCCCCAAAGCUCCGCCCUGGACUGCAUCCUUAGCAGCUUCCAGAUGACCAAUGAGACAGUCAACAUCUGGACCCACUUCCUGCCCACAUGGUACUUCCUGUGGCGCUUCAGCGUCCUGUGCUCAACACUGAACUUCCUGUCGGAGAGCUACACCUGGCCGCUGCUGGUGUACAUGCUGCUGAUCUGUGUGUACCCAUUCACCUCCAGCUGUGCCCACACCUUCAGCACCAUGUCCCCCGAGGCACGCCACAUCUGCUACUUCUUUGACUACGGCGCCCUCAGCCUCUACAGCCUGGGUUGUGCCAUAACCUAUGGCUCCUAUGUGAUGCCUGACUGCUGGGUCAACAGCUGGCUGCACCAACACUUUGUGCCCAUCGCCAUCUGCAACACACUAUUCUGCACCAGCCUGUCCUGCUAUUCUAGAUUCCUGGAGAUGCAGUUUCCACACCGCAGUAAAGUUCUCCGGACAGGGGCGUUUGUCUUUCCAUUCAUCUUUGACAACAUCCCUCUAUUUUACAGACUGCUGCUGUGCUGCGGGGGCAGCUGCUGUCACAGUGAGGCCCUGCCCAGUCACUGUUACCACCUCCUCUUCGCCUUCCUCACCUGCUUCCUGUUUGCCUCACACCUCCCAGAGAGGCUGGCCCCGGGGCGCUUCGACUACUUCGGCCACAGUCACCAGCUUUUCCACAUCUGUGCCGUGGUGGGUACCCACUUCCAGAUGGAGGCGGUGCUAGCAGAUAUGACCUCACGCAGGGCGUGGCUCAUUGCGCAGGCGGCCGUGCCCUCCUUCCUGAGUACCCUGGGGGCACUGGCCCUCAGCAUCAUCCUCAACCUAGGCAUCAUUGGCAUCUUCAGUGCCCCUCUGCUGUGGAACCCCCACCACAGUGCCAACCACCCACUGACACCACCCACGAAACGCAAGCAACAGUGAUACUCCCCACAACCAGUGACCAACUAGUAUGUUCAAAUGUAAAGGGUUGGCUAAACCAUUAUCCCAGUCGUGAACUUUGGAAAUAAUAACCAUAAGAAUUUGUAUUCUACCUUUUAAAACCAGGUAGUAUUUGUAUAAACCCAUUGGAUUAUUAUCACAGGAUGUUUUUUCUACAUGUUAUUCUAUCGUCAUUAUAAGGUUUGUUUAGGAGUUUAUUAAUGUGUUCACUGUUUACUUUGAUGCCGAAUACCCAGCUAUUUUCAUGAAGCCUUUCAGUUAUUCAGUAUCAUUGUUUACUGUUUAAAGUUGUGGAAGUAUUUCGAGUUACAGUAUCAUAUGCCGACUUCUUUUCACUUAUACUUGAAAGGAUCUGGGUUGUAUGAAGCAUAUGUGAUGUCUAACAACACAUAAAAGUGCCUUCUUUUAUAUAUAGUUACCCAAAUGUUACCUAAGUAGUCGUAAUAUUAUUUCUGGUUUGUGUAAAUCUCAAACUGGAAAAAUCUUUAACUCUAAAUUUGCAGGGAAUUUUCAUAUUAAUAUAUAAGUAUUUAGCAACUGUUUUUCAAUUGUCCUAUAUAUUUGUAAGCCAUUAUUAGAACAUCUCAAAACCCAUAUUUAAUAUAAAGUAUGACUAUCCAUUACAUGAUUCUCAUCACUAACUGGCCUACUUAGUAUGAUUCCACCAUUUUGUUUUAAUAUUCAAUACCAUCUCAUUUAAAUCUCCACUAUGACUUGAAUACAUUUACAGACCAGUGUAGUGCUCUAUCAGAUUGCCUGCUCUAAACGUCUACACUCUCAGAAAAAAACCUAAAAGGGUUCUUUGGCUGUCCCCGUAGGAGAACCCUUUAAAGAACCCUUUUUGGCUCCAGGUAGAACCCUUUUGAGUUCCUUGUAGAACCCUUUCCACAGAGGGUUCUACAUGGAACCCUAAAUAUUUCUAUCUGGAACCAAAAAGGUUUUUCCUAUGGUGACAGCCAAAGAACCCUUUUGAAACCCUUUUUUUCUAAGCGUGUACCUGAAAGCUACAGCACUGUACCAUGUCUAUGAUUAAAAGACAGGUGCCAUUUUACAAAGGUACGUUUCCAUGGAAACUCCAUGGUUCUUUGCAGUUUGUGUUCCUGUGAAUGCUCAGUCACUUUAAUUGUUCUUUGGAGUACUCUUAGUUGUUACAUCUACAACAUGCAUUAAUGGUCAUUGGAUACAUUUUUUGAAACACUACAUGUUGUUUAAAUGUCAGGGAAUUACUGAAAUUCUCCCUAAAACAUACCCAUCAUUGUAACAUCGAUAGGACAUACCAAAUGAUCUUGUUUAUAACAGCUAUCUGAUGGAAGAAAUCUUAGAUGAUGCACAACAGAACUGAAUGAGUGAUGUCUCCUCAACUGCCAGGCAUGUGGAUGUGGUCAGUGGAGGUCAAAGGGUCUUGGGAAUGUCGUAUUCAUGUGGUAUCGUGGUGGUCAUUGCAGGUUUAUGGCAAACCAAUACACCACUCACCCCAUGCUGAUAUAACAUUGUCAGUGGCUAUUGUUUACAUGUAUCCUUGAAAAAGAGUGUGGUAUCUCUUGAGUAUUUCAUCCUUGUAGUAUAUAUAACAGCACUUACUGUUUCUGUUCAGUUGUAAAGCGAAGUGAAUAUGUACAGGUAACUGCCAAAAUAAAAGGAAACAUCAACAUAAAGUAUCUUAAUAGGGUGUUGGGCCAUCACGAACCAGAACAGCUUCUAUGCCUUGGCAUAGGUUCACCAAGUGUCUGGAACUCUGUUGGAGGGAUGCGACACCAUUCUUCCACGAGAAACUCCAUAAUUUGUUUUUUAGUUGAAGGGGUGGAAAACGCUGUCUCAGGUGCCGCUCCAGAUUCUCCCAUAAGUGUUAAAUUUGGUUUAAAUGUGGUGACUAAGAGACACACACACCAUUUAAGCCUCCUGUGCUCCUUUAAGACCCCUCUUUCAAAGUCACUGAGAUCUCUUCUAGCCAUGGUAGCCAAAAUAAUGGGCAAUAAGGCAUUUUUAUACAUGACCCUAAGCAUGAUGGGAUAUUAAUUGCUUAAUUAACUCAGGAACCACACCUGUGUGGAAGCACAUGCUUUCAAUAUACUUUGUAUCCCUCAUUUACUGAAGUGUUUCCUUUAUUUUGGGCCAUAUCUGUAUAUUUGCAUGAUUAUUUUUGUAACUGUUAUAGAUUAGGAAAAAAAAUUAUUAAUUACAUCCCCAACAUCAUGUGAUCAUUUCUUGACAUAAUAGCACAUAAUAGCACUUACAUGUACCACACUAGACCUAACACACACGUCAUUAUUUUAUCAUGUAGCUCUGUGUGUAGGUGGAGACCAGGCUUGAUUGUCACAGUGCUUAUAACUUAUAACUAGAGGGCGCUGUGUAAUACUUUUAAGAUUAAAAUGUGUGAAUUCUUCAAAAGAACUAAUCCACCUGGUCGAUUCAUGUCAUCAUAACAAAACAUUAAGGUGAGGGUAUUUUUUUAAUUUAAAUUCAUAGGCAAUUUUUUUUUUUUUUUUAAGAUGGCAGUAUUUUUUUUCAUCCAGUAUUUUUUUUCCAUUUUUCAUCCAAAAAUAAAUGUUUGCAUUAUGGGGGUAUACAUCUAAAAAAAUAUAUAUUAUAUGGAGAGCUACAUUCCAUACUUAUUUCUGAGUUCCUAGGUCAAGCCAUGUGGUAGCAUGUAGCAUCUUAAUUAGCAUUGGGAUCUGUUGCUGUAAACCUUCCUUCCCGGAAGAUCAAAAUGUGUUGGGAAUGAUAUAUGUAAGGUGGAGAGCGUCAGCACAUUGGGAAGAUGUCGCCGAGACAUCAGAAUAGAGUCUUGAUGCCUGGCCGACAUAUAUACUAUGUAGAACUGUAGAAUUUAGAAUGGAGGUAUUCUAAAACCAUCUGUGAGACGUCUUGCCAAUUAGCAAACGAUGUCUAAAACUACAUCUUCCCGAUUCAUCAUUCAUCCAUUGUCCAGAGGUUUCUCUGCUAUCUGGGUUUGUUGCCUUUCUCUCCCAAACAUAUUUUCUCUGUCACACACCGACAAAUGUACACAUGUGUGUGCAACACACGCACACACAAAUUGACUCAAAAUGUCAUAUGUUACCCUGCAUUUUGUUAGGAAUAUCAUUUGAUAAAAGAAAGGCUAUUUCUAAGACGCUGUGAACUAUAUUGCUUAAUUUCCUUUUACUAAAGGAAUAAACUAAUAGCCAACAUUGUGACAACGAACCCCAUCAGUGGAGACUGCCGAGAGGAGAACGGUGCAUACUAAUGGCUGAAACAGAGUGAAUGGAAUGGCAUCAACCACAUGGAAACCAUUUGUAUGAGAUAUUUGAUAUUAUUCCACUGAUUCCACUUCAGCCAUUACCACAAACCGUCCUCCCCAAUUAAGGUGCCACCAACCUCCUGUGAACCUUAUACUGUGUGACAACCAACCCUGCGAUGGGGCUGGUUGUCACAAGUGGGCAGUGUGUUUGAUGGCUUAUUACUCAAUGUUGGAAUAAAACAUACUAAUAGGAUCCCUAUUUCAACCCAAGACCUUGGUCUUUCUGUUAAUGUUGAAAAGAGUCUUGUUAUAUAUACUGGUGCUGAGAAAUACACACCAGAGUAAAACGUGUGACAACCAACCCAAGUCUCCCCGAAAGCCUUUGGGUGGUUAUGAGGGAAUAGAAAGUGAUAUUGUGUCAGUGAGGGAAAUGGACUGUGUUGCAGGUUGAGCAGAGUGUACAGGCAGUAUAGGCAAACACACAUACACACAUAGACACACUUAAUUUUACUCCAACGAGAGCCCUAUUGUUUGAAAAGCAAUUUUUGUUUUGAGGGUUAGUGUAUUGAACACAAAGAGACCUAUGUAGUUGCCCUUUUCAUCAUCAUGAUAGCACUCAGUUUUACACUAUUGAUUUUGGUAUGGUGCUUUCAUCGUCUUACAACUUGUGUCUUGGAAGUGGGUUGUGACUAGCGUGUGGCUGACCAUAUCGACCAUAACUGUAUCUGAAUUGACAUAUUGUAGUGCUGAUAUACCUGCAGUUGGUGCAUAUAACCUAUUGUCCUUUAAAAUAUUUGAAUGUUCAACUACAUUUCUAAACAUUCUGUUAUGCUUUUGUCAUUGAAAUCUACUUUCGUUCAAACUAGGUUAUCGCUGGAAGAAAAAAACAGUGAUGACCUAUUAGUUCAAAUGCAUCUGUUUGUUUACUUCGAUCACUUUCAUGAAGCUAUGAUGAUUCCCAAAGUGUGUUCAUAUUGAAUGGCAUGUUACAGUAAGUAAAAUAGAAGCUAUGCAAAGAUUUGGUUGGAUGACACAACAAACUACACACCAAGGAACUUCCAGUGACUACUGAAGAGUGCUAGGUUUUAGGAAAGAGGGAAGAAGCGGUUUGAAUGAAUGUCGGUACCUAUUUUCCUUUCAUACUACCUGUAAUUCAAUUUUUAUUUUUAUUUAGCAUAUAUGCUGUGUUUUGUGUGGAGAACUUAAUAUAGUUCCUGGGGGAAAAACUGAAUAGAAAAAAAAUGUCAUUGUUUGCUAUCUUGUUACUAAAAUUGUGUCAAUGCUGCCUUAUUAGAGUGUAUUCAUCACUGGAAUCAAUUCUCUAAUAAAAAUGACUUACCACAUA